GGCUCGGCCAGGCCGCCUCGGCUUGGGGGUCUUCGGCUGCUCAGUCUGAGUUUUCUUUUUCGCUGGGUGGUCGGUGCCGCCGCUCCUUGGAGGCGUCAUGAAGUCCCCGGUUCCGGACCUGGCCCCGAGCGACGGCGAGGAGGGCGAAGACCGCACGCCGCUCUUGCAGCGCGCCCCGCGGGGGGAAACCGCUCCAGUGUGCUGCUCUGCUCGUUACAACCUAGCAUUUUUGGCCUUUUUGGGUUUCUUCGUUCUCUAUUCAUUACGGGUGAAUCUGAGUGUGGCAUUAGUGGAUAUGGUGGAUUCCAACACAACUGCAGCAGAUAAUAGAACUGCCAACGAGUGUGCAGAGCAUCCUGCUCCCAUAAAAGUUCUUCAUAACCAAACGGGUAAAAAGUACCGAUGGGAUGCAGCAACUCAAGGAUGGAUUCUCGGGUCUUUUUUUUAUGGCUACAUCGUCAUGCAGAUUCCUGCAGGAUAUGUUGCCAGCAGAAGUGGAGGGAAACUCCUACUGGGAUUUGGGAUCCUUGGCACGGCUGUCUUCACCCUGUUCACUCCCCUCGCUGCAGAUUUCGGAGUUGGAGCCCUCGUCGCACUCAGGGCACUGGAAGGACUAGGAGAGGGUGUCACAUUUCCAGCCAUGCAUGCCAUGUGGUCUUCGUGGGCUCCUCCUCUUGAAAGAAGCAAGCUUCUCAGCAUUUCAUAUGCAGGAGCACAGUUUGGGACAGUAGUUUCUCUUCCUCUUUCUGGAAUAAUAUGCUUCUAUAUGAAUUGGACUUACAUCUUCUACCUCUUUGGUAUAGUUGGAAUCAUUUGGUUUAUUUUAUGGAUCUGGUUAGUUACUGAUACACCAGAAACUCACAAGACAAUCUCCCCCUAUGAAAAGGAAUACAUUCUUUCAUCAUUAAGAAAUCAGCUCUCUUCACAGAAGUCAGUGCCAUGGAUACCUAUGCUGAAAUCACUAGCACUUUGGGCUAUCGUAGUUGCACAUUUUUCUUACAACUGGACUUUUUAUACUUUAUUGACCUUAUUGCCUACUUAUAUGACGGAGGUCCUAAGGUUCAAUAUUCAAGAGAAUGGGUUUUUAUCUGCAGUCCCUUAUUUAGGCUGUUGGCUAUGUAUGAUCCUGUCUGGUCAGGCCGCUGACAAUUUAAGGGCAAAAUGGAAUUUUUCAACUCUAUGUGUUCGAAGAGUUUUUAGCCUUAUAGGAAUGAUUGGACCUGCAGUAUUCCUGGUAGCUGCUGGAUUUAUAGGUUGUGAUUAUUCUUUGGCUGUUGCAUUCCUAACCAUAUCAACAACCCUAGGAGGCUUUUGCUCUUCUGGAUUUAGCAUCAACCAUCUGGACAUCGCUCCUUCGUAUGCCGGUAUCCUCCUGGGCAUCACAAAUACAUUUGCCACUAUACCUGGAAUGAUUGGGCCCAUCAUUGCUAGAAGUCUGACCCCUGAGAACACUAUUGGAGAAUGGCAAACUGUUUUCUGCAUUGCUGCUGCUAUCAACGUAUUUGGUGCCAUUUUCUUCACACUGUUCGCCAAAGGUGAAGUACAAAACUGGGCUGUUAGGGAUCCCCAUGGACACAGAAACUGAAGGAACCAAUAAAUAAUCCUGUCUCAGUGUAUUUUUGUUUAUCAUGUAACCUAACAGUGCCUUUGAUAUUUUAAUGUGUAAGCAAUCUAUAUACAAGAAAAAAUGGUACUGUAUUAAAUUUUUAAGGCUUGUAAUCAUGAAAUGUCACUAGUUGCCAGGUUAGUAAAAUUCGCUGUUUUUAAUGAUGAAUAACACAUUUGCUGGAACUUACCAUUCAGGGUCCCGUACCUGGCUGCAAGUCAGGCAAUCUGAAAUAGGGGAGUUCUAUUUAUUUUUAAGACCAUACUUAAAGGGAGGAGCAGAAACGGACCCCUCUACACCUUUGCUUAAGCGGGAUAGUAACUCUCAGGUCUUGGUAGACACCUUUUUUUGUACACAUUCCUCAAAAAAUUGUCUGUCACCAACAUUCCCUGACACUCAGAUCUCAAACUUCAGCAUCUGCACGGAGCUGCCAGCCACUGUAUCAUGCAGCCUGGCAAACUUCACCGAGGGAAGCAUGCCCGGGCGGCUGCCAGGCAUUCCCUCUCUGGCUUCGGGGACAGUGCCCAGCACUUACCAGAGGCGGCAUCCGAGACCAGGGUCAGCGCCAAGGCUUUGCAUGGUGUCAUUCCCCUGGGGCUGUUAGCGAGUGCACGAAGCCCUGAGCCGGCAGGGACAGCGCGGUCCACGGCCAUGGCUUCCAUGCCCCUCACCCUUCCCUUCCCAGCACACUGGGAUGCUGACUGGCAUGUAACCUGCAAAAGAAAGUAUGGUGCCCAGUUAGCCACAAGUGACAUCACCCCACCUUCCCGUGGACCGGAGUACACAUUUUCAGGUCCUGUGUUCUAUGAGCUCCACCAGGAUAAUUAAGUUUAAAAAAAGCACUCUCACACGUUUUCUCUCUGUCUUAACGCGUACGCGUCUGCUCGCAGGUCAAGGUUAGGGUGACUCUUACUUCCGCAGCACCUGCAACCAGUGGGGUGACCAUCUUUACUGAUGGUUUCUGGAAGCUCAUUUUGCCAAUUUUUCCUGGGCCAUCUUCCAGUGGUUUUUGAGUGUGCUUCGAGGGCAUUUAUGUGGUUUAGAACUUGAUUUCUGUUUUGUUGUGUAUGUUCAACACUACCUGUAACAUCUUAACUAAAGCUAUUUAAUGUAAUAUGAUGUGUACACCUUUCUGUAAAUUUAUUUUUAAAUCUGUAAAUAACUUUAAGUUGCUAUGGUGAUUUUUCUUUUAUAAAUUAUCAAAAUAAACCUUUGGGGAUUGAU